GCGACAGCAGACAGCGCGUCGUUCGUCGUUCGCGCCACCAGCGGCAGCUUUUGUCGGUGGGACGCUGGAUUUCGUCGUCAGCAGCUGGUCGCCUCGCGAGCCUAGCCGAUCCGGGGUGCCUGUGAAUUCGCGUCGCCUGCGCUGACCGGCCGUGCUGUGCGUGUGUGUGUGGUGAGGUGUGCGUGCAGUGCGCGACCGCGAGCUCGAGCCUCGCGCAUCGUCCGUCCGUUAUUCCUGUGCGACACCUCGCGCAUUCCCGACGCCGGAUUGUGCGUGCGCGCGCGUGCGACAUUUCCGCGCGUUCGUCCCCGAAAUCAAGCAGCGGCAGCAGCAUUCGUGAACGCGCAGUAUUUCCGAAGCCAUGUCGGCCGUUGCACUGUCGCCCGACGCUCCGGCAAUCCGGCUCUGCCAUGUCGUCAAGUGGCCCGACUACGAGGGCUUCGGCUUCAACCUGCACAGCGAGAAGUCCAAGCCCGGCCAGUACUUGGGCAAGAUCGACGAAGGAAGCCCCGCGCAGCUGGCCGGCUUGCGCGAAGGGGACCGCAUCGUCGAGGUGAACGGCAUCAACAUCUCCAACGAGAACCACAAACAGGUGGUCGAGCGGAUCAAGGCAGUGCCCAACGAAACCAAGCUGCUCGUGGUCGACCCUCUGGCGGACGCCUGGUACAAGGAGCACAAGAUCAUCGUCAAGAACAGUCUGCCGACGGUCAAGCAAUGCCGCAACCCCGUGCCCAGGCCCGGAAAGGUGAGCGCCGUUUGUCGCCCGUCUCUGCUUGAGUGCAUUUCCACAUCGUUUUCGGCGACCGCGCUAAGCGCUGUGUUUUCGGAACCUUUCUUGCUUCUUCUUCGCGGCUGUCAUGACACGAUUCGGUACGGCGGUCGCCGUUGCUCGGGGCUGACGUCGCAAUCCGGUCCGCGUAGCGAACCAGUCGGUGCAGCUCGUAGCGAACGAGAUCUCUGUCCGGCGGCCGCCGGAGGUGUUGUGUUUGUUUACGUGGCCCAAGCGUGCGCCCAGCACUGGCCUUCUCCGCGUGAACUCCUCCUCUAG